UUCAAAUUGUGCAGUUUAAAAAUUUAGGAAACAGAAUGGGAUGUUCUCUUGUCAUCUCGUUCAUCUGUUAGCUGUUAGGUUUCUAAGGCCUUUCUGGACACGCACAUUUUUAUAAAUGUCCCGUUCAUUUUAAAUGUCAUAGCAUUCAUUUAUAUAACAUAUAUUUUUAUCAUUUUUUAUUCCACGUGACAGAGACGGAAAAGGAGUGCUUUCAUCAUUAUUAUGCGAAUCUCACGAGUUAUUCUUUGAAUGUGACACGUAUCAUGCAAAGAAGAUUUACGCGUUAUGAUAGGCAAUUUGAUACUUCCACAACUGUUGAAGACGAUUUCUCAUCAGAUAUUGAUCUACUAAAUCCAAAAGUGACACAAUCUUGUCAAAAACUGAGAUUUGCUCGUCGACUAUCAAGAAACGAGAAAAACAAUCGAUUAAAUUUUUUUAAAUUGCCAUCGAAAUCAUUAUAUUGCUGUAAACAUCCAGUUAUUAAUAAUCAAAUUAUUGAAACAAAAUUAUUUGCCAAAGAGAUUGAUCAAGUUGCUAACACGUCGCAACGUAUUUCAAAUAUUGAAUCUUCCGCAUCGUAUGUAUGUUUGAAAAAAUAUGAGCCACAAGUAACUUUCGAAGAAAGGUAUUCAAGCAAGGGUGCAAAGUUUGAACGUAAAUUCAACGACAAAAUUUGGAAAGAAAACAGUACGCCACGGAUCAUACGGGCCAUUCGACAGAAUAGCAAAAAAUAUCAAUCGAUAACAACCAAUCAACCACAAACGGGCAACAGCAAAAACAGCGUUGUUGUACUUUAUCACGGUGAGUCGAAUAUUCCUCCAUCAUCUUCGAAGGCUCUCGUGCAACUUUCGAAAUCCGAUCAAACAAUAAUAGAAACAUCACGCAUAUCACAAUUGGAAGUUGCAAGUUCUGCAUCACCUGAUAAGGCAAGAAUUUUAGAAACUCCGGAGAUUUUGUCUCCGAAAUAUCCACUGCGUCGACGACAGACUUCUUCCAGAAGAUAUCGUCAUGUAUUAAGACAGCAGCCGUCUCUAAAUAUAAACAUUUAUCACGCAAAUCGAGUUGAACGAAUUGCAUCCCCAUUAUAUCAGUGGAAUCCAUCUACAAGGCAGAUAGAAAUAAAUUUAAAACAAAAGGAUCUAGAGUGUACUGCCAAGCUUUCUAAAGAGCCUGUUAAGUUGCAAGAGAGAACAGUUACUUGUGAUAAACACGCAACGAUUCAGAGAUCAUCUAAGUAUAUCGACGAAGAAAGAAAGAAACAAUGUUCACUUGUUGAAGUCACGGCUUUAAAAUCUAUGGACCAUUGUCCGGAGAAAGUAAAAGUUGAGAACGCAAAAGACCGAAAACAAUCGACACUUUGUUCAAGCAAUCCAAUGUCAAUUUACCCCAAAGAAACGAGUGUUAAGUCAGCAUGCAUUAGCGUGAAUGAAAGUGACAAAACAAAUCGUGUGUUUCCUUUCCAAGCUACACCUAGUGGUAAUCUCAAGAUCAUCCCAAAUCAGGUUGUAUUUGAGUCGAAGAAAUUUAGCGUUUUAGUCGCUGAUCCGCGAUAUACAAAAGUCAACAUUAAGGCCGAGGUUAAUCGACCUGGUGCUGAUGUCAGCACACCUGUUUCUGACUCUUCGAAUCAAACAAAAUAUAUCGAUCUCCCACCUGGCAUCACACCAUCGGCGAUCGAUCGGUUGCAGGCUCAGAAGAAGCUACCUUUUGUUGAAGGAAGCUAUAGAUCACGAACGCAAUCAAGUAUAAACUUCAAUCCAUCAGAAAUGGAACAAAAACACUCGAUACGAUCAACGUCUCAUCAACUUCUUCCAAUAGACGAAGUGCCACUUGCCUCAUUAGGAUUUACGAAUGAACAACCAAUUAAUUGGAAUAAUAUAAUCCUUCCAGAGAAAACUGACUUGUAUCAAGAAUUAGCUAAACGUAUUAUAAAUUACAAGAAUGCUGACUGUAUCGUUCGAACGGAUCAUGAUGAGUUUCACUGCCAUCUUCUUGUUUUGCAAAGUUACAGUACAUUUUUCGACGAGAAAAAUUACAAGGAAAUUGAUUUAUCUGGCAGUAGAGUGACUUCCAAGGCUUUCUCUAUUAUUUAUGACUGGAUGAUAAGUCCAAUAAAUGAAAGUUAUCAACUGCUACGAAGAGAUAAUAUACUAGAAAUCUUUAUGGCCGCACAAUAUCUCGGUAUCAAAGAAUUAGAAGAGCAAUGCUGGGCAUUUAUUGACAAUGAUGAGCUCUUUUCCGAAGAUACUGCUUUCUUAUUAUACUUGGAAGCAAAGAAGAUCGGAAACACUGCAGUAAUGGAACUAAUGAUACCGAGAAUUAUGAAAUUCUUUUUAAUGCUUGUUAGCACAAAGGAUUUCUUGGAAUUGUCAAUGGAUGAAUUGUGCUUAUUAUUAAAAUCUAAUUAUAUUUGCGUCAAUAGCGAAAUGGAAGUUUUAAUGUCUGCUGUAAGAUGGUUAAUGCAUAAUUGGAAUGAAAGAAAACAAUAUAUGUUAGAAGUACUGAAAUGUGUUAGAUUUGGACUUAUAGCUCCAUGGCAAUUGGUAGAUGUCAAAAGAAAUCCUGAAAAUCCAGAAUUUAUGGAAUUGAUGUCUUAUCCUGAAGUACAAAAAAUGGUGGAUGAUGGUCUUGCAUUUGUUAUUAUAAAAUAUUGGUACGGCAAUCAGACUGAAGACUACUAUCGCUGGAUCGAUUUGCUUGGACUUAGCGAACCGACUAAUCGCAAUUGGGCAGGAGAAGACAAAAAUUAUGUUACGUAUCGAGAAUUUUUGUUGUAUUUAGAAGAGUAUCAAAAAACAAACAUCUCGGAUAUGAAAACAAAAAAAAUUCAUACAAAGCCCAUACCUCCUAAUUCGCCUCCUGAAGACAGAUCACUAUUAUCUCCAGAAAGAAUAGAUGCGGAUUGCAAUAAAAAUCAUUAUUGCAUAGAUUCACAUCUUUUAGGGCAAUAUAACACAGUUCAAUCUAAAGUUCCAAAAAAAUAUGUGUCAAAUGCAACUUCUUCAGGCAUGGUGAUCACACCUGAAAUCUUGUCUGAUUGUUUCAGUAAUAUAGGCAGGAAUAAUAAUAUAAGAACAAACAAAACACAAUGCAAUGGAAAUAGAAACAAUAAUUUUACUAUUCAUGAUACAAAAUAUUGUGGAAAAGAUGAACCACUACGAAAAUCUUUUGACUUCUCGAAAAAUGCUAAAUAUAUGUACGAACAUCAACACGAUGUUUCAAUGGUAUAAACACUUUUAUUAGACAUUAUAAAAUUGAAAUAUAUGAAAAAUAUAUAAAAA